AUGAGAGUCUUCGCCCAUGCUUUCGCCGCAGUUGCGACUGUCGCACUGUUCUCAUCACCAUCUUGGGCCCAGAGUGGGACUCCGGUGGCAUACACAGACCCGGAUACGGACAUCACCUUUGAUACUUGGACUGUUCCAGAGAAACUCAGUCAGGGAGGACUCACUUUUGGCCUUGCUUUACAAUCCGAUGCUCUGAGCACAGAUGCUACCGAAUUCAUCGGUUACUUGCUAUGUUCGUCAACAAAUGCCACCUUCACCGGCUGGUGCGGUAUUUCACUCGGGGGCACAAUGACCGAUUCCCUCCUGCUGUUGGCCUAUCCCCACGGUGAAGACAUUCUCACGUCCUUCCGUUACACCACAGCCUAUCACAAGCCGGACGUCUACACCGGGGAUGCCAAGCUAACCCAGCUCUCGUCCACCAUCAAUGCAACCCACUACAGCUUGAUCUUCAGAUGCUCAAACUGUCUGCAAUGGAGUCAGGAUGGCGCGAGUAGAAACGCCUCCACGAGCGCGGGUGUGCUGAACUUAGGAUGGGCCCAGUCCUUUGCGGCUCCGGGGAGCCCCGAUUGUCCCUCUGAUAUCACGCUCUCUUAUCACGACAACGGACACAAUAUCUUCGCGGCUACGCUGAAAGAUGCGCCUAACAAAUCUUACACGGACUGGACUGCGCUACCCCAGACGACGGUCACAGGAAGCUGUUCCACAAAACCUGCACCAAUCUCGACGAGGAUCCCAUCUUCCUCUGCCUCGGUCUCGGCGGGAGCAACAGCCACUCCAAAGUAUCGGAGACGGGUGUAA